CACCAGCAAAAAGGGACAGAUGUGAGACCCACAGUGACUUCUAGCUCAACACAACCUCCUUCCCUCAUGAUUUUCCCCAUCCAAGCAGGGGCUGGUGUUAUCAGUGUGUGUGCAGUGGUUGUGGUCCUCACUCUGGAUCCUCGUGGUGGAGCAGGGUGAGAAGGGGAAUUUGUGGCAAACCCAGGGAGAAGCUGGCAUCUGUCUCCUGGCAGUGUCCAUGCCAGGGCGCCUGAGCUGGGUUAUUUCAUCCCCAGGGCUGUUCCACAGCCCUGACACAGUUUGGGAGCAGCAGGCACCAAGGAGCAUCUCCAAAGCCGCAGCCUCGUGGCCGGCGCUUCCCCUUCUGCGGUUUCCUCGCCUUUUCCAGCUCAGCGAAACUGGGUGAUCCUGACAUAAUUUCCCUGGUAUGAUGCCCUCACUUUCUUUCUUUGAAACCCUGCACCCUCCCCUCGGAUGGGGAUAAAAGGAGAGCACGGCCCCAGAGGCCGCAGAGAGAGCCCUGCAGCCUCCCCUGACAGCUCCUCUGACAGAACACUCAGCACCAUGAAGGUCCUGGCAGCCACCCUGGUCACUCUGCUCCUCCUGGCCACCUGCUCCCCAUCUGAGGGUCACCUCGAUGGUGUCCCCAGCACCUGCUGCUUCAGCUACCAGAAGCAGCCCAUCCCUCGGCGCCGUGUCAGCUCCGUCUUCAUCACCAGCAGCUCCUGCACGCAGCGGGGCGUGAUUGUGGUCACCAAGAAGGACAAGCAGGUGUGUGCAGAUCCACGGGCACCGUGGGUGCAGGAGCUCCUGAAGCACUUCCAGAGCCUGGGAAACUGAGCCUUCCCUGCUGACAGCCACCAUCCCACCCCUGCACAGCUUCCAGCCUCGGCCACAACUGAGAGGAUUUGACCCCCAGCCUUCCUCAACGGGGAAAAUUAUUUUAUUUAACUUAUUUAAGUUAAACUAAAUAUUCUUUUUCUAAGCACAAAAGUUAUUUAAACAAUGUCAGAAUAAUAUGCUAAAAUAAAGA